AUGCCGCUGGUGUGCCUGGCGGAGGUCACAGCUCCCGCCGCCAGGUCGUGGUCUGAGACCUCACUCCCACCACAGACAACAACGCUUCAGUUAUACAGAAGCAGCUCCAACACUUACUGCUCACCUGACCGCACGUUGCACUUUCUCUCCCACCGGCACCUGCGCCUGUCACGUCAUCCACCACAUAAAUCCACACUGCUAAGGAUGGUAUUAGUCACUCCUCGCCGGCUGGUGGUGGUGACGACGGUGGUGGUGGCGGUGGUGAUAGCGGUGGUGGUGUCUGGGACGCGGACCAUGGCGUGGUGGAGUGUCGAUCCCCGUGACUACAGGAAGUAAAAGUUUAGAGAAGGGUUUAUAUUUCUCCCUACAUAAGUAUAACCUUAAACGAUCGCACUGCGUAGCAUGUAGUGUAAUCAUAAGAAUUCCUUGAGUGUAGUGGUAGUGACGGAGACCCCACGCCUGUUUAUCGUGACUAAAGGAAAUAAACCUUCUGGAGAAUGGCUUACUUUCCUCCUUCUAUAAGUAUGACCUUAAGCACAAGUACCGUGCAUUAUCCAGUGCAAGGUUAUAUUGAAGUAGGACAGUGACAAACUUCCACUCUAAUCCAUC